CAUAUCCCCCCCCCAUCUCAACUACACGGCCAAUAUCCACAACUCAUAACCCCCCACCCCACCGCCAACAGGCUCCGCCAUCAUGGCCGCCGCCGAUGUUCGCGACAUGCUGGAUCUGCCCGCGGAGGGCCAACCCCGGCCUCACAAGAAGCAGAAGGUCGUCGAGAAGCGACCAGAGGGUAUCACCCGGGAGCUGUUCGCCCUGCUGGGCGAGCGAGCGCCUCCCAUCGCCAUCAACGAGAACCGAUACAAGGGUCGUCCCAAAUGGAUGAGCAAGCUGCGUGUUCGUCCCUGGCAAAUGGCCCCCUUCGUCAACAGCGCUCGAUCAGACGGCCUCGUCCUUCGCCACUGGCAACGCAAGCACGAACCCGGCAAGCUCCCUGCGCUAGAGGGAUCCGAAAUGGAAGUGGACGAGAACAAUGCCGACGAGACCAACCCAUCCUCUACCCCAGUCGAGGAAUCCUCCUUCUCCAAAUACAACGUCAAAGCGCGCGUCCCCAACCGCUACACCGACGAAGAAUACAACCGCCACCUGCAGAGCGACAAAUGGUCGCGCCAGGAAACCGACUACCUCAUGGAUCUAGUCGAGGAAUACGACCUCCGCUGGGUAGUCAUCGCGGACCGCUACGACUACCAAGCGCACCCCAUCGACACCGAAACCAACGCGAACGCCCUCGUCCCCGCCAAACAAUACCGCACCAUGGAACAAAUGAAAGACCGAUACUACGUGAUCGCCUCCGCGAUGCUUGCGCUCGAGCAUCCACCCUCGGAGAUGUCAGAAGCCGAAUUCGAACUGCACGAAAAGAUGAAGAACUUCGACCCGGAGCGCGAACGUUCCCGCAAGGAACUCGCCGCCCUGCAACUCAACCGCUCCGCCGACGACGUCCGCGAGGAAAGCAUCCUCCUCGAGGAACUCAAACGCAUCACCGCCAACGAACAGGACUUCAUCACCGAGCGCCGCGAACUCUACUCCCGUCUCGAAGUCCCCAUCAGCGUCGGCAACACAACCAUGUACCAGUCCAGCCAAGGCCUCUCCCAGCUCCUACAAACCCUCCUCCAAGCCGACAAAACCAAGAAACGCCGCUCCAUCAUGGGCCCCGAAGGCGCCGCCGCCCCCAGCCCAGCCGGCCAAACCCCCGCCCCCAACGCCCCAGGCAGCGCCCGCGACAGCGCAGCCGAUACCCCGACCGCCGCGGCGCCCGCCCCGCCUCCAUCCAACAAGAAAGCUGCGGCCGCCGCCGCUGCAGCCGCCGCCGCCGCAGCCACAAAGGAGGCCCAGCAGUCCGUGCGGACGCUCACGCCCGCCGAGGAAGCCAAGUACGGGGUACAGCAUCAUGACCGGCUCGCGCCGGGCGUGCAAUUCCGCAGCGACCGCGCCCAGAAGAUGACCCAGGCAAAAUCCAACGUGCAGACCCAGAAACUGGCCGCCGCGCUGGCGGAGCUGGAGAUCCCGCUGCGUCUCGUCAUGCCGACGGAACGCGUGUGCAAGGAUUUCGAGAAGCUGAUCCACUCGGUUAAUUUGCUGCUGGAGGCCCGCAAGGUGGCUGAGAAGGUGGAGGGAGAGAUCCGCGUUCUGGAAGCGGCGAAGGAGGAGAGGGAGCGCAAGAAUAAGGAGAAGGAGGAGAAGGAGAAGCCCGAGGUUAAGUCGGAGCAGGAGGAUCGGCCGCUGUCGGCUGCGGAUGCGGCCAUUGAGGCUGCUGCGGCUCCGGAUCCGCCUUCGACCGCGGAGACGGGCGAUAAAGCUACGGGGGACGGCGGAGCUGCCGGCCCCGAUCAGGGGACCUCGCAUAAGCGCUCCGCUAGUGUUCUGAGCGGGACGAGCGACAAGAGCUCCAAGCGGCAGAGGAAGUAAGAUGAUAGAUACUACGGGCGUUGGCGGGUCUGGCGUUUUGUGCUUCAAUAUACCUAUGUACGACUACAUGAGCCUUUGCUGUUCUGAAAUGCAGCUAAUGCAUAUAAUUCUGCUAAUGCCAAUACAUCCAAUAUUGGCCGGCAACCUUGCAACACUUCCUAGCAACAGUGGUGUUAAUGGACAUGAAGGCUUGGUUUUCUCUGUCUGGCCAAGAAUAAUGCUGCCUUGACAUUUUGCCAGCCAUUGCGCUAAAACAAAU